UUUCAUUUCUUUCUGUCAAAGUUGGAUAUAUAUUUAUUGCGUCUAUGAUGCUAUCACCAAGUCAUAUUUUCCCUUUGUUCUACUCAGGAUAAGGUCGGAUACGGCAUUAUUGUGGGUGGGAUAACAACCUGGGAGAUAUUGUGGGACUUGUUGAGAUUACAUUUCUCUCUCUUUCAUUUUCAUUUUCACUUCCAGUUUCAUUUAUCAUCAUUAUCGUUUUCAUUGUCACUAUGGGAGGGGAGUUUGUGACAAAAAGACCCCACAAGAAGUCAAGAGGAGGUUGCCAAACAUGUAAAACGAAGAAAGUCAAGGUAAGUCUUCCUUGUCUACAGCUUUAAUAUCAUACUGACUCAUAAAGUGCGAUGAAACCCAACCAAAAUGUGGAUUCUGUGAGAAGAGAGAUUUUAAAUGUGUAUACAUAAACAAACCCUCAAACCCGCCUACUCCCGCUUCCUCUUCACGCUCCUCAAGUAUAAUAGAUUUCUCAACACCACCAGAAUCCCAGGACACAGAGACUUUCGAUGAACUAAUGGCACCUGGGACUAUGAUUCUGGCUCCCGAACCAGCGAUAUCUACUUCGGUAGGAUCACUUUCACGCACAGAUUUACGUCUCAUGCACCACUGGUUAACAUCAACCUGGAACACAGUCGCUGUGGGCGACGACCAAAACUGUAUCCUCCUCUUAUCAGUCCCACAACUCGCUUUCCAAAACGAGUAUCUGCUAAACUGCAUCCUCGGAAUCGCAUCUCUCCACCAAGAAGUUCUGAAUCCUGCUUCUGAAGAAUAUCCAAAGACUACAGUUGGGUAUCGAGUACGGGCUUUGAAUGGAUUUCGAGAGGCAUUAUCGGGAAGCGAUGGACAGAGUUUGGAUUGGGAGGCUGCAUGUAUGACGGCGCUUCUAUUGUUGAUUUUGUGUUCGAAGGAUAGGAGUAAAUGCGGGGAGCAGUUGACUUGUAUUGAUUGGUUGGUUUUGUAUCGGGGGAUUGGGGCGGUUAUAACACUCAGAACUUGGGAUGAGUUGGUGAAUACUGGUAAGCAAUUUCAUGUCCACAGUUUCUCCUAUAGCUCCCCAUAUAAUUCCAGAUUGUUUUUCUUUUCUCUACUUUCUUCAGGACGAGAAUAUACUAAGCCCUUACCACAGCCAUCUCACCAAUUUUCAAACGUUCAUUAACAACCCUCCACAUUCCCCCCUCAAUCCCAAAAACCCUCAUGCACCUCCUCUCCACUAUCCCACCCACCUCCCCAGACUACCCCCUCCUACGACCCUAUUGUUUCGCCGUCGAAUGUCUCGGCGCCCUCUACGCCUCCCUCCAACAAAGUGGUCUGACAGACGAUCUCUUCAUCCGCACCCUCACCUGGCCAUCCUAUCUCCCACAGGAACUCGUGGACUGCGCGAUCCAAAAAAGACCCAUAGCGCUUGUGAUACUAGCCUAUUACCUGAUUUUCAUCAAGUUGAUCAGGGGGAUUUGGUGGGUGGAUAAUGUUGCGGAUGUGGAGAUUGGGAUUAUUGAAAGUCUUGUGGGGGAGGGGUAUGCGGGGUUUAUGACGGUCCCGAUGGAGGCGACGAAGACGGGGGAUCGGGAGGAGAUUGUGAGGAUUUUGUUGAGGUGAUAGGGCUUUUUGGGAUGAGUUGGCCCAUUGGAAUUCGUGCCGCCUUUGGAUUCGGUGAUUACGGGUCUCAGUCACUUUCUUUGCAUUUUGAUAUCCAAGAUCAUGGCGAUAAUUUGUACCGGGAGAACCGAAAUCUAAACAUGGUAACUCGCAACAAGUAUCAGUACACCGCAGGUCCUUGCGCCGAAGCAUACCUUACCUCCAGCAAAGUCAUCGCUACCUCAGCCAUUCCAAUAUCCAAACUCCGUUACAGGAAAACGAGAAGAGCCAAUUGCCCAUCCAAGUAUACAAUUCGACCUCCCUUUCUCCCCGCAAAUUUUACGAGGUACUGUACGAGUCCAAAACCCAUACGAUGACUCGAGGUCACCAGAUUCGAAGAAGCCCCAGAAGGAGAGAUGAGAACUUUGCAAGGAGUGCGAUAGACUAGAUGAUCCGGAGCCGAGAUCUGUUUUAAUAGAUGGAAGAUGUUGAGCCUAUCUGUUUCACACGUAAGCGGGAGCGAGAUGGGUCGUUCUCUAUAACCGAGAUACCUAAGCGAGGAAGGGGAGGGUGCAUGGAAAAGGAGAAGGAAAAAGGGAAGUUCUCUGUCCUAGACACAAGACCCGACCCCUUUUCGGUAUCACGGAGUACGUAAGCAGUUUUUCUUAUCGAUAUAUCAUGCAUUACAUAUAUACCUGAAGGAAACUGAAGAGUACAUGUACACUUCCUUGUAAUCCUACUUGCGCUUAUACCUGUACUGUAUCUCCUGCACCGCCCGGCGUAAAUGGAAAGUGGGUCAAGGACGUGCUAACCUAGGUAGAAAAACAACAUAUAGAUUUGUACCAAGAGUUACGACGUCCUCUAAUACAAACAGCUUAAGCUAAGUUCUUUAC